GUGGCAAGGUGAGGGAGGAGUGCGUAGGCAAUAGCAACCAAUAAACAAAUGGUUGACCUCUCAAACUGUAAUCUAAACAAAGAAUUGUGUAAAGGAAAUGCAUAUUACAGAUUGGUUAAAAAUAAUUAAUAUUACAUUUUACAUAUUUUUACGUCAUUAAAUUUUCUAUAGUCAGCAUUGUUAGACAUUUCUGAUUGUUAUUAGAACCGCUGAAGACAAAUGCCAGUAGAGGAAGCUCCCUUGGUGGAGUUGGGCAGUGUUCCGCAGACGCCCAGCGUGGGCCCGUCCCCGUCUCCAUCGGAAAUAUCCAGUGCCAGUUCGCCGGAGCCGCAGCAUGUGCGGGCUACUCCCUUGUUUAGAGCCUUGGCUAUGCCGCCACCAGAACCUGUGCAGCCACCAGGUCAGGAUGAGUUGGAACGACGACUGCCUGGAUACAGAAGAAUCGUAAUUCCACGUGAUUUGACUUUGAUUGAAUUGCUGAAACAAUGCGGCGGCGUAAUGAGUGACGAGGAAGUGCUCCGCAUGAAGGAAGCGAAACUGCGUGUGGUAGCGGAGCGUGUGGGUCUGCGGCGACUUCAUGUGUUGACGCCGCGUUUGCGCAAGCUCGUGUUGGACGGCAGUGCGAUAGCCUCCUUACGGGACCUGGGCAUUGGCCUGGUCAAGCUUAAAAUCCUGAGCGUAAACCGAUGUGGUUUAACAACGUUGGACGGCGUUUGGGGACUGGGCGCUCUUCGAGAGCUGUACGCGUCAGGGAACAAAAUUCAAGAGUUGCAGCCUUUGGCAGCCUUGCAGAAAUUGCAGAUUCUGAAUCUCGCUGACAACCCGAUCCAGGAGACCAGCCGGCUGUGGACGCUGGGCAUCUGCAGCUCCCUGCGGCGACUUACGCUGUCUGGCACAGCGGCGGCGGAGUCUCCCAACUAUCGCACUCGUGUCGCGUCAGCGUUGCCGAUGCUCAUGUACUUGGAUGAGCGUCCGUUGCAUACGGACAUCGAAUUCGAGCUGGAUUAUGAUUUAGAAAUGGGGUCGUCGGGCACCGACACUGAUGUGGAAACUGAUGAGCUGGCAGCCUCCAGUCUAGAGCCCGCCGAACAAGAGCCUGGUCCCUCCUCACAGUUCCCAGAGGUUACUUUAGAACCUGAAUUAGAAACGAUCAACACUAUAACCACCAGAGCACCACGUCGUCGUCCUGCCACCACUGAGUGCGCGGGUAGCCGGCCGCGCAUGGCGACCCUGCCCGUGCGACCGCGGACUGCGCACGGCAAACCUACAGUGGACGCGCCCACUCGUUUACAAAUACUGAAUACCCUUAUGGAUGAGGAGUGGCGCUGUAGUGGAAGCAAGCUGACGUCUUGUCAACCAGUUUGCGGGAAUUUGGCCCGCGCUCUGCGCCGUCCUCUAGUACGAAUGAGCACGGAUUCGCUACAGGAUGCUCAAGUGUUGGAGGUAGUGGAAGAUGCAAGCAGGGCCUUGGCGGAUGAGAUACCGCGCGCGCCUCGUCUCGAAGACUGGGUGAAAUUCCAAGAGGAGACAGGAAUUGAGAUUGACAUUGAUUUCACCAAGAGGCCACCUGAAGGCGAUUCCACCGCCAUCAUCGACAGAUUAGAACGAAUAGAGAAGGAAACUUCAGAGAGGUUGAGCCGAGAUGCUGAAACUUGCGAUGCCAGCAGUUCAAUGACAGACCUUCCAACUUACACUAGAUGCUCCAUGACUUUCAUGAGUGAUUUCGACUCGUGGAAAGCAGAUAAUUUUUCAUCGAUGAUUGACACAAAUAAUGAAGUAGAAGACGUCCUUAGCGAUAUCAAUUUUAAUAUUCCAAACAUAGAUUCUGGACAGUAGUUAGGAUGUAUCACUAUGUUUUGGUUUCACCUUAUUAAUUUGGUUUGGGCACUGGAUAAAGUAGUACUGACUUUUAUUACAACUUCGUGUUGCAAAGAGAUAUUGCGAGUAUGUUAGAUUUGAGGUUUUCUGUACUAAUGAACUUGCAAAUAAAUGAUUCUGACAAAUAAAUGAUUUGAUUUGCAGACGUUUAGUAGUAUACGAUAGUACUAGUAAUAUACGAAACGGUAUUAUGUGCAUUUUUAUUACUGAAUAUGAUCUCAUGAGCAUCAUUGUGUAUAUGUAUUUUUAUUUAUUUGUAGAGUUUAUUUGUGGAAUUUAUAUAAAUCACUCUUAAUAAAUAAAUACAUCUGCCUCUCAUAAUUUGGUAUAAUCCACCUAGUAAUGCCUAGUAGACAACGAACAAUAUGAAACUUGUGACACUAAUAAUUUUUCUUCAUUGUUUUGUUAAUCAAUCAUGAGAUUAUACUGUGUUUCUUCUAGUUAACUAAGUGCGGCCCUUCCAUUAAGCAAUGGUACAUGGCAGUGUAUUUAAUACGUGUAGGUACGUAUAACAACAAAUUCUGAUCUUCAAGUGGACACUGAAGGAUUUGCAUCCACAUGUUUUGGGAAAUACUAGCUUCGAAAUUAUAAACCAUGUUAAAUCACUUUUAUAUAGAAUUUUAUUACGAUUGGAUUCGUGUGGCUGCAUGAAAUAUGGUUGUUGCUAAUGAAUUUAUAGUUAUAUUUUAUUAUCCGUAUCCGUAAACAACGAAUAAUGCAGAACGUUGCAGUUUUUUACCUAUUAUAAUUGAACUGUUAUGUCAUCCUAAUCCAAACCCUAAAACUACAUACAUUAUAGUAAAACUCUUUUUAAGUCUAAGGUUCUAAAAUUCUCAGAAAUUGUAAGACUUGUCGUUAAUAUUUUAUGAAGUCAGGUAGGUACCUUACGUAAUUUACGUUCAUUAUUACCUACAUUUAAAGCUUACCCAUGGAAAUAGUAGGUACUACGUUCUACGGAGUACCUACCUACUAAUUCCAUGAGCUUACCUACCUAGGUACUACAAAUUAUCAAUGUUUCCAACUGUAAUUUCAAUUAUGAAAUAUUUACAUCAAAGUAUUAACUUCAAUUAGACGUAAAGCAUUACCCUAUAAUAAAAUAAAGCUAUAAAGUACAAAUUUGUUGACAUGUUCUUUCAGAACAUUUAUUAUUUGCCAUUAUAGUGUAGUGUCGCAUGGAUAUUUUGAUUUAAAUAAGUACUACCACAUUCCUCACUUUCGAUUACAUUACAAUACCGUUUUUUGGUUGAUGAAUAAAAAAAAUAUUUAGCUGGAGUGUGUGAUUUUUUGGUGGAUUCAGAAUGUUGGCAAACAACUACUUGUAACUAGUCACCGUAACUAUAAACUUUGUAAUGAAAAUCUAGUCACGUAAUAAGUAUUUCAGCACAACUGCUUAGAUUUUGUAAGUUGGAAGCGGAGGAUUUGUCGGGCUCUUAAAUUAUACGGUAAAUUAUAUAUGGCAGGUAAAUGUAACUUGAUGUUAAACAGCAAAUAUUAAAUAUUUUAAUUCAGAA